AUGGCACCUAAGCAGCAGAAUCGUCAAUAUGAGCUGAUCCUCUUGGGAGCGACAGGGUACACUGGCGCCCUGACUGCGGAUCAUAUCGCACGACACUUGCCCACGAAUCUACGCUGGGCCAUUGCAGGAAGAUCUCGAGCGAAGCUUGAGGAUUUGGCAGCCAAGCUGCAGAAGAUCGAACCGAACCGUGUACAGCCCGAGAUCGAGGUGGUCUUGUUUGAUCGGCAGGAUAAGCUCGACGAGGUUGUGCGAAAGGCACAAAUCUGUAUUAGUGUUGUGACAUACUGUCAUGUGGGAGACCAAGUGGUUAAAGCUUGUGUAGAAAAUGGAACAGAUUACGUCGAUACGGCUGGCGGUGUUGUGCAAUUUGGUCGAUGGUUCUCCCAGUACCACGAAAAGGCAAAAGCUGCUGGCGUUGCUCUCAUCCACGCUUGUGGUGCGUACAGCGCACCCCAUGAUCUCCUUGCCUGGCUCGCCGUCCGUGAGCUGAAGCGCGAGGCCAACCUGCCUACGAAGGAAGUGAUAUUGGCCGUCAAGCAGAUGAGCAUGGAUCCCAGCGGCGGGACCGUAGAGUCAAUGUUCAGCAAAUCCAAGGUCGACUCGAAUAAUCCCACUGACUCGGACGAUCCUUGGUUCCUGUCGCCAACCCAAGGGACGGCCAUUCCCAAAACGACAAACAUGCUCGGCGUCAGGGAGGUGCCGUACCUGGGGCUCCUCUCUGCCGCUACGUAUGGGGCGCGGCAGGAUCGUGCCAUUGUUCAUAGAACGUGGGGCCUCUUGGACAAUGGGCAAGACUAUGGUGUCAACUUUCGGUACAGCGAGUAUGCAAGCGUAUCUUCAACCCUCCACGCUGUUGGCAAGGUGCUGAGCGGGCUUUUCUUGGGCCUGUUUCUGUCCCUUGGUCCCUUGGCGAGGCUCUUUCUGCCGAGGGAAGGCGAAGGGCCAGAUCUGGUAGAGCACGGCAAGGCCGUGUCGGAGCUCGAGGCCGUGGCCCUUGCCGACGGCCGUGAUGACAAGAAGGCAGUCGCGCGGUUCAGGUUUCCCGGCGGUCCGUACUAUGUGACCGCUGCGGCGCUGGCUCAGGGGGCAGCAAGUCUAUUGUACAAACGAGAGCUUGAAGGUGGAUAUCAAGGCGGCAACUUGACGCCGGCGUGCCUUGGAGAUGACUUUGUAGAUCGAUUGAGGUCGGUAGGGACAGACAUUGAGGUAAAGAUUUUGUGA